CACACACAUACACGCAAAGAGAAGAUAGACACAGAUGUCAUCCAAAAUGCAGAGGAGAAUGGCACUGCCAAGAAAGCUUCGCAUUUUGAAAACUCUUACAAAUUCCAAAUCAGUGAAAAAGAGUUCCAUUAUAAUGGAUGCCUUUCUCUAUAUCUACAAGUUGAAGCUCCAAGUAGAAGCCAUCCAAAGAGAAUACCAAUACCUCGUAAAUCAUAUCCAAGAAGUGAAAGUAGAGAAGAAUGGGACAAAAUAUGUAGUGAGGGUGACAUGCAAGAAGGGAGAAGAUUUGUUGGUGUCAAUUAUCGAAGCGUUCGAAGAAAUGAAUCUUAAUGUCCUCGAAGCCAAAGUCACCAGCAAACACUUCUUUGGGAUGGAAGCCAUUGCUGAAGCUAAAGGCCAAGACAUUGAUUCAAGAAUCUUGACUGAAACCAUUCUCAAUGUCAUUCAAAGGCCAACUGGAAAUGGGGCUAUCAAUUAAUAGUAAUAGUAUACAGUCAGAUGGUUAUUGUUUUAUGAUUUUGGAAAUGUCACUUGUUUUUUGGAGUGAAGUUGUGAUAAAGUGACACCCAAGCACACCCCGUGAGGCUACUUUCCCUAGAAAAGUGAAAAACCACCCAAAAAAGUUUGUAUUUGUGGCCUAUGUUAUAUAUUCGUGAGAUCUUGUUA